GUCGCUGUGGGAUCAAAUGCUGAAGUCUAAACCCCUAGGGAAAAGGAAAACAGAAAACGCUUUCUGCAUUCCAAUUUCAAAAUUAUUCAAAGAAAGUUUAUCCCAAUUACAGAGCAAAACAGCGAGGAAAGCCACAAAAAUGGAAGUUAGUAAUGGCAAGGAGAGAGAAGAGGAACAGGAUGGCAUGUCCGUACAUUCUCCAUGUAAAGCUCCUCCUUCCUCUGCUUCCUCUCUUCCUAAGGAGCAAUCACAGGUUGAAUUGGAGCUCAGACUAUUAGAAGCUCUUGAAAUCUAUCCUCCUGUCAAAUUGAGAGGCAUGCAUCGCCACUUUGUUCUUUAUGGUCUAAUGGAAUUUCUGCGGAGAAGCUUUGAUCGACACUUUUCGCCAGAUGAGGUUUUGCAGUUGCUGGACCGUUUCUAUAACAUAGAAAUGCUGAAACCAGAUGAUGAUGAGGCAGAAAUCCUGGGUCAUGAAGAAGAUUUUUCCUUGCCUCAAAGUUAUUUUGUUAAGGAAGAGUGAUAUUUCACAGUUUUGGUAUGCGUUCAUUUCCAACAUUUACUCGGUCCUUAUUGUGUCAUUAGAAUGCAACAGGGGACAAACUUGAGAGGAGGUAGAUAUUACUUAUAAUAUAAGAGUUUUUAUUCUGGUUGUAAUUUUUCUCAGCUGUUGCUAUCAUAUGACUUUACACUUUCUUAUUUCGGGAAGAUAAAUUUGUAAAUACAUUUAGGAAUGUUCUGCGGUGCCUACAAGUUAACUAGUUUAUAAGUGCUACCACUCUAUAGUGUUUGGAUCAUCAAGGCAUAAGAACAUCUAAUCCUCCUAUGAAUUUAAAAUGAAAUCCAUUUACUGUUGCUUUCUA